AUGGAGAACAACGAGAAGAUAGAUGAGUUCUUCAACAGAAUCAUCUCCCACACGAAUGCGAUGAAAAAUUAUUGUGAGAAAAUCACAGAUCAAACAAUUGUUGCAAAGAUUCUGAGAAAUCUUAAUCCCAAAUUCGACCACAUUGUUGUAGCCAUUGAAGAAUCCAAGAAGCUCGAAGAUUUGAAGGUAGAAGAACUUCAAGGUUCUCUUGAGGCGCAUGAGCAAAGACUUAUUGAAAGAAGUUCAGAGAAGUCUGGUGAUCAUCAAGCACUGCAGGCUUAUACUUCAAAAAGAGGAGGCCAUAACUUCAAAGGACAUUUCAGAGGUCGAGGUCGUGGAAAAGAUAUCAGAGGUGGCUUUGGAAGAAAAAGUCAAAAAGGAAAGAUUGAUCAAGAUCAACCAUAA